UAUAGGAUUGCGGAUAACGACUAAAAAUUAAGCCUAUACAAAAAUGACAUCAUUCUAUUAUACUUGUUAAUGAUACCGAAUAAUUGCCAAGACAAGUAUCGAUGUUUCAUUUUCACGUGACAAAUUUGAACAAUCCAAUUUAAGCCGAACUAGAAGAUACAAUAGGCGCUCAGUUAUAGUUUGACGAUCGGAAUGUUUUGUUUGUCGAGAAUUUGAUAUUUUAGUUUUCUCUUAACUUAACGCUAAUGUUUAAUCAGAUAUGAACAAUUAUUCAAAGCCAUGCAAUGAUAAAGCGGAAUAUUUUAUCGAAGUCGAAAAAGACGUGUAUGAUCCAUUAUUACAAAGAAAAAUGUAUAGUACUUCUUCAAAUUCCCAUAAAAGAUCCUAUGAGGGCAACGACCGAACCACUGUUUCAAGCUCUAUUAAUGUUGUUGAUCGACUUCGUCCUGUAAUAGCUAAUAACAUAAGCAAUAUAUCUGAGCCUAUGAUGCCGACCAUGCCCUGGCCAGGAAUAGAAAAGUACUUUGUGUGUAAAGGCAAUAGAGGAAAUAAUUUUCUUGUACAAUGUGUGUUAUGCAGACCUUCGUCUAAAUUACUCAGUGUAUCAAAAACCUCACCUUCAAACCUCAAACGACACAUCAAAAAGGUUCAUGAUAACAAAAACAAUGAUUUCGAAAAUGAUUUAAACGAACGUAAACAAAAUUUAAUUAACAAAAAAAGACGUUUUAGUUUAGAUACUAACCAAAACAAAAGUUCCUUGCAAAAGUCGACUCUCGAACGUUGUGGGUCAGAGAGAAGUGUUACUCAGCAAAAAUUAGACGAUUUGCUGUUAAAAUUUAUUGUUAAUAAUACCCAGCCAUUGAGUGUGGUUGAUAAUCCAUCAUUUUUGAAUCUGGUUAGAUUAGGUUUACCAAAUGAUUUAAAAAUUAUGACCAGCAGAACUUUAAUAUCAAAAAUUGAAAAUCUUUAUUUGUCCAUGGUAGAUAAUAUAAUCAAUACAUUAUCGUCAGUAUUGUAUGUAUCCACAACAGCCGAUUGUUGGACAAAUGGAAAAAAUAGUUAUCUCGGUGUCACUUGCCACUGGAUAAAUUCUAAAAGUUUCAAGAGGGAAUCGAUUUCAUUAGCGUGCCGUCGUCUUGAAGGUCAUCAUACUUAUGAUGUUAUUGUCAAGGAAUUGCAUGCAAUUUACACUACAUAUAAAAUUCAAAAUAAAAUUGUUUCAACAGCCACUGACAAUGGUUCAAAUUGUAUUGAGCAAUAUGGUACAUAUUUUAUUAAUAAUACGCAAUCGGAUAAUGAAAAUACAUUUGUUGACUUAUUUGACAUAUUAAAUUCUACUUUUGCUAUUAAGCAAGAAGCCGACAUAUUUGUUCAGCUACCUCUUCACUAUAGAUGUGUUAGUUACACAUUGAACCUUAUCGCGAAUUCUGAUAUCAAUAAAAUGAUAAAUUCUAAUACCGGUUUUAAACAUUUGUACAGUAAAAUACUUGAAAAAUGCUCAUCAAUGUGGUAUAAGCAAAACAUAUCCCAUUCAACUAAUGAAAAUAUUUGGGAAACUUCGGGAAUUAAUUUUAAAACAUCAAAUACAACUAAAUGGAAAUGCAUAUAUGAUGUUUUAUUACAUUUAAAAAAUAUAAUAAAUGCACCAAAUGGAUUAGACAAGAUCAAUCAGAUAUUGGACUGUUAUGAAAUACAACGGUUCACACCACAAGAGAUUCAGCUCAUAAAUGAGUAUUGUAAUGUAAUGUCUCCUUUAGCUGAUACUUUAGACUUUUUACAAGGAGAAGAGUGUAUGUACAUGGGCUACUUACUACCAAGUCUUUAUGCAUUGGAAAAAAAAUUGAAAAAAUUUGAAAACGGAAAAUUAAUUUACUGUGAACAACUUCUACAAACAAUCAUAGAGUCCAUUAAAAAAAGAUUCGAAUACAUUUGGAAAAAAAAAGAAUUAAUAUUAGCGUCAUGUUUAAUUCCAAAAUUUAAACUCAUUUGGCUUAAUAGAUAUGAUCAGUACUUAGCUGAGGCGAAUUUGAAAGCCUUAUUCGACAGUACAGCAAACGCUAAAAAUGAAAUACCAUGUGCGGAUACUACUGACAGUGAAUUUAACAUAACCCAAGAUUUCUUUUGUCUUCCAUCAAAUAAAAAACCAAAAAGUUUCUCUGAAGAUGAGUUACAAAUGUAUCUGAACAGUCCAUCUAAUGAUAUCAGUAUGUUACCGUAUUACCCAAAUGUCAUGAAGGUUUUUUUUGAGUAUAAUACACCAAUGCCCUCAAGUAUUCACGUUAAAAAAUUGUUUUCUACAGGCAUGUCCGAAAUGACAGUUAAACGUUACGACCACUGCGACGAACUAUUUGAAAAACUUGUUCUUUUAAAACAAAAUCAAAUCACACCAGAUAUUAUAUGAUAUUAAUUAACUAAAAAUGAUAGGUAAAUGCUAAUAUAUUGUAAUUUUAAUAUUUUGUAAAUAAUUAAG